AAAGGUCCAGCGAGAGCGGAGCGGACGGCGAGCGCGAGGACGAGAGAGGAAGGAAUAGAAAGAGAUAAGAAAGCGACCAGAUUAGAAGCUAAAAGCUCUCUCUCAUGGCGGCAACUCAGGGUCAGGUCAUCACCUGCAAAGCGGCGAUGGCGUGGGAGGCGAACAAGCCGCUGUCGAUCGAGGACGUGCAGGUGGCGCCGCCGCAGGCUGGGGAGGUCAGGAUCAAGAUCUUCUUCACCGCUCUCUGCCACACCGACGCCUACACCUGGAGCGGCAAGGAUCCUGAGGGUCUCUUUCCUUGCAUCCUUGGCCAUGAGGCUGCAGGGAUUGUUGAGAGUGUUGGUGAAGGAGUGACUGAAGUUCAACCUGGAGAUCAUGUUAUUCCUUGUUACCGAGCAGAAUGCAGAGAAUGUAAAUUUUGUAAGUCUGGAAAGACAAAUCUCUGCGGUAAAGUUCGUGCAGCUACUGGUGUUGGUGUUAUGAUGAAUGACCGCAAGAGUCAGUUCUCUAUAAAUGGGAAACCUAUUUAUCAUUUCAUGGGGACAUCAACUUUCAGCCAAUAUACAGUUGUGCAUGAUGUUAGUGUUGCGAAAAUUGAUCCCCAGGCUCCUCUGGAGAAGGUCUGUCUGCUUGGUUGUGGUGUUUCUACAGGUCUUGGAGCAGUAUGGAAUGCAGCAAAGGUAGAAUCAGGUUCCACUGUUGCUAUUUUUGGCCUCGGCAUUGUUGGGCUUGCAGUAGCUGAAGGGGCAAAAGCAGCUGGUGCUUCUCGUAUUAUUGGUGUAGAUAUUGACGGCAAAAAGUUUGAUACCGGGUUGGGACUUGGGGGACAUCAGUCAUUGUGGGUGUAGCAGCUUCUGGUCAGCAGAUAUCUACUGGGCGUGUCUGGAAGGGAACUGCCUUCGGUGGAUUCAAGAGCCGCUCUCAAGUACCAUGGCUUGUUGACAAGUACACGAAGAAGGAAAUCAAGGCAGGCGAGUAUACAUAACGCCCACGAUGACUUUGUGGGAUAUCAGUAAGGCCUUUGAUUUGAUGCAUGAAGGGGGAUGCCUGCGCUGCGUGCUUGAAAUGCAUGCAUGAAGUGUUCCAUCGUCAGAUUGUAUUCUAGGACCUAAGAUUAUGAGAUCAUCAUCUGUAGUGGACUUUUGUGCAUCCUGUCCUAGGGCAAUGUGGUCUACAAAAGUAAGAUGAGGGUGAAGCCAUAUUGCCAGUCAUGUUCUAAUGAACUUACCUUGUCGGUAUUUUGCUGUCCUUUUUCUUUAUUUGCCAGCUAUUUACAUGCUUCGGAAUUGAGAACGAGGAUAAUGUAUUCAUCCGCGUAUCUUUUGGGGAAUAUUCAACUUUUAAAUGUGGUCAAGGCCAAUAUUCAGUAUCUUCAGAAAAUCCGUAGAUGAUAUUUGGAGAAAAAAA